AUGGCGGUGGAGCCGGAGGGGGAGGGGGCGUUCCUCACGACACAGACCGGCCACCUGGGCGCGUGGGCGCUCGCUGGCAACUACACGCACGUGCCGCUGGUGUCCGGCGUCACCUCCGGCGAGUACAACUACAGGGUGGGCGGAGACGUGCUGGACGAGGGGACGGUGAACCAGCUGAAUAACGAUUUCGAGGGUGCCAUCGACUUCCAGCUGCGGUUGCCGGAUGCGGAGUCGAAGCAGGCGGCCGCGGAGGUCAUCAGACCCUUCUACUUCGGCAACGUCUCCACAAUCACCGCCGACGACGCUGUGCCCUACGCCGCCAUGAUGACAGAUCUGAACAACGGUGAGCCAGCGGACACUACGGUGCAUCUUAUCAGCUCCAGCAACACCUACCCCGUCUUCUACUACCAAUACGACUACUCCGGCAGCAGUCCAGACCUUGGUCUCCCUGGGGCACCGCAUAUGGCCGACCUGGACUCGCUCUUCAAAACCGCUGGACCUGGACAGAAUCUGGACCCGGCCUCAGAUGAGCAGAAAGUCCGCAACGUCAUGGUCAAGCUCUGGACUAACUUCGCCAAGUACAUAGGGAAACUCGUUCAGAUUCAGACCGUGCGCUUCAAGAUUAACAUGAUCGAUACGCGCUUUGUUGUUGGAGGUGGAUGCACACUCACUGCACUGGCUCUCGUGCCGCUGCGGUCACGUGACUGCCAGCUGGCGACGCUGUGGCGGCCUUGA